AUGUCUUGCUCCGUGAACGAGAGCCUCCAUCAAUUUGGAAACCGCAUACGUUUACUAGAGACUCACGAUGUUUCUUCCACUCAGAUCAUUCGAUCUGUCACAAGCAGUGACAGUUCCUCCCAGUUCCACGGGCAAUGGGUUAGCGGGUUGACCCAAACGACCAUACUUGGCGUCCCGGAUACCGAACUCAUCACCCCGCUUACCCGGGCUAAUCUCAUAUCCGUGGAUACGGAGAGUGUUGGAAACGCAGCUGACCAACGUAAACUAUGUACGGCUUUUGAUGCUGAUAGUGGAGGACCACUUGUGGAAAUCCCUACCUUAGUUGCCACAUUGGCGCGGAAGGGUGUAUCCAUGAUCAUCAUCGAGGACAAGGAGGUGUUCGAGCCGGGGAAGAAGGUCAACUCAUUGGCUGCUUCAUCGGCCUCGCAGGGGCAAGCAGACCCUCAGGAGUUUGCAAAUGUCAUGGCCGCCUUCAAGCGCGCCAAAGAUCGCCACGGCCUGGAACACAUGUGUAUAACGGCACGCAUCGAAAGCUUCACAUGCCGUAAAGUCAUCUCUUCGGACCCUGCCGCCGAGAGAGCUUCCGUGCAAGAAGCAUUACGCGAGGCUCUGAAACGCGCUUCAAUAUAUCGCAAUGCAGGCGCAGAUGCCAUCAUGAUACACAGCAAGAGUAAAGCACCCGAUGAAGUCCUAGGCUUCCUGAGACAGUUCCGCGCAAAGGACAGCAGCACACCUCUGGUAGUAGUGCCGACGACCUAUGGGUCUACGCAUGAGGAUACGCUGUACGAUGCAGGGGCCAAUGUCAUCAUCUACGCAAACCACCUGAUGCGAGCAAAGAUAAGGGCAAUUGGAGAAUAUGUAGAUUCAGGAGCCAUCCUGAUAGAUCAUAUCUGUCCUGCCAACAUCUCUCACGCUCUCACUGCUCGCAAUUUCGGGUACGUCCUUCAGAUGCUGCAGAAACUUCGAGCCGGCGCUCCGGAGGGCCGGCUCCAGCCCAAUCUGAUCGCAUUCCUGAGUGAUGCGGAGCACCUUUCGUACCGUGCGAUGGAGGAUACCACCCGGCGGCUGCUGGAUAGGAAAGAGGCAUGUGCUGCAAACAACUCCAUCUUGCCUGUCAAAGAUCUGCUCGCGAUCAAUGCCGUCCAUUUAUCGGACAUCGGACGCCCGCAGAACCACUCAUCCGGCAACCGCCUCAUGACGCUGAUGAGUCCGUUGCGCACCAGAUUCAACAUGCUCUUGCGCGCCAUCACCGCAUAA